CUGAAUCUAGCAUCUCGAGGUGAACAGGUGAACAGUAGCAGGUUGAGUAUGGGGGACUCAGAGAAAGGAUCACGAAAGACAGGCGACGAGUUCGACUACGAAGUGCUGGUGACUGUGCUGGUCUUUCUUCGGUGCCUCAGAAAACAGCUACCCGAAUUCAAGGUCACGUGCAAUGCCUACGAAACGAGCAUGUUUAACGACGUCGGCGUGAUCUGGAGCGGCAGCCGCUGCAAAUACGCCCUGUUCGUGCAGCUGAAGCACAUUACGUCGAAGGAAUCUGAACCGAUAAAAAAAGUUGACCUAUUUUCGUCGAGUAGUAAUAAUAAAUCCGAUUUCAACAUCAACAAGUACCACGAUUACUACAAAAGAGUCGAGAAGCGUUUAAGAGACACCGGUAUUCAGUACUCACUGGUGGUCUCAACAAACGUCUCCAUGCACGAAAACGCCUGGGACUACUUCGACGAACGAGAGACAGAUGCUCUCGUGGGUGCGGAACUUCUGCACACCGGCGGCUGUAUUUUCGAGCUCGACCCCGUGGAAGUUAAAAAUAAUUUUGAUCCCGGUUUUAUGGAACGCUUCUUCAUGUUCUGUGGACAGAAGGGCGUGAAAGAAAUUAGGGUUGAAAUCUGCAAGGAACUCAAGCAGCUGUUAGGAUCUGAAGCUGCGGAAAUCAACAAUGCGUGCAAAGAAUUGUGCGAGCGUGUGAAGAAAUGGAAGCAAAGACUAUGUACAAACCCUGAAAACCUAACAUGUAGCUGGUCUGAGUGGAAAGACAUUGAAAACAAAUACAAAUCUAGUUCUUGUACUAUUUCGUGAGGCUGUUGGUAAUUUUUUCCAUUAUCUUUACUAUUAAACAGUUAACGCUUUAGAUAUCUUAUUUGACAUUGGUGGAAGGCAAACUCAAAUAUUCUUUCUGUCCGUAACUGGAAUGUAAAAACAUCGUAUUUCAAGUAUUAUUGUGACUGUAGAUACAGAUAAGAACAUAUAUUAAACACUGUAUUGCUGCCUAUAUGUGUGAUAUAGCCUAGAGCCAAUAAA